CGCGGACCGGACCGGACCGCCCCGAAACCAAGAACCAAAACUGCUACGGCAGAAAAGAAAACCUUUUUAUUUCCCACAUUUUCCCCGCAAAAGAGGAGAGAAAUAAUAUUCCGCGCCGGAACCGACCGCUUCGCCGUCAGCGAGCCGGAGACACGGCGGACUCGCGGAGCCCUACCCUAUCCCGCCCUGCACCGGAGGCGGGGACGGAGGGAGGAGGAGGAAGAGGAAGCUGUGGGAGCCUCGGAGGGGAAGAAGCUUCUAGAAGCUACCAGCGGCGGGGGCGAGGGCGCGGCGGGCUGCGUGAUCUCGGCGAAAUAAGUCGCGCUGGGGCGGCGCCGUGGAGGGGGUGCCUCUGGAUGCUGGCACCCUCCGGGAUUUGAAUGGUGGCAGAUCUCGAAGGGGAGGGGAGCUUCUAGAAGCGGGUUGAGGCGGGCGUGCCGGCGGUUAGGGUUUGGUGGGAGGCGGGAUGGUGGGGAGCUCGGUGGAGGGAGGAGCAGACGGGGAUGGGGGCUGCUGCGGCGUCGGGGACACCUCCCCAGGGACCAUCGUGUGGGUGCGGCGAAGGAACGGCUCGUGGUGGCCAGGCAGGAUCCUGGGGGCCGAUGAGCUCCCGCCGUCGCAGAUCAUGUCGCCGAGGUCCGGCACGCCGGUCAAGCUCCUCGGCCGGGAGGACGCCAGCGUGGAUUGGUACAAUCUUGAGAAAUCAAAGCGUGUUAAAGCAUUUAGGUGUGGGGAGUUUGAUGCUUGUAUAGAGAAGGCAGAGGCUACUCAAGGGACUCUUGUGAAGAAAAGAGAGAAAUAUGCACGCAGAGAAGAUGCUAUUCUUCAUGCCCUUGAAUUGGAGAGGAAGCAGUUUGCAUCGAAGUAUCAGACUCAAGGUUUCAGACCUGGACCACCUGGUAACAUUUCCGCUUGCACUAAACAUUGCAAAGACCUUGGAAGUACUCGCUACAAGAGCAAAAAGAGUAAGAAACGGAAAGAUGUAUCUGCUCCUUCUGAUGUAAAAAAAGAAGCUGGGCAUUGUCCUCUCCAUGCUGGUUCAAAGAGAAAAUUUUCAAAAUCUCUUGCCCAGGGAAAUGUUGUCAGUAAUCACAUGGGUGACUUUUCCUUUGUGAGACAUUCUCAGGGAGGUGCAUCUUUAGAGAGCAAGGAGAAAAGUAUAAUUGUGAAGAAGAAUAGAUCGGAUGGAAGUAAUUUUGAAGACUCUCUUGUUUUAAAAUCUGACAGACGCCAGCCACUUACCCAAGUUUUGCAGAGCAGUGCACAAUUGCCUCAUCACUUACAGCAAAAUAGUGAUUACAGGGACUUCUUAAUUGGGGAGAAUAAUAUUCCAUCACUUGCCACCUUUCGGUCCAGAAGAAGUCGAUAUGCAUAUAUGCCUAGUGAUUCUGGUGAAACUCAUAGUCCUAGUGAUUUACCUUCUAUGCAUGUGGCUUCUACAGGAGCUGAUUUUGAGACUGAAAGUUAUCUUCAGCAUCCUGGUUCUUUUUCUGAAGAACAGACAUCUUCUGACUUCGUUGAAAAACAAAUAAUCGAGUCUUCAGAGAGGGAAUGCUCAGAAAGUGAGACAGAAGAUGACGCUGACCUUUUGCAAACAGGUGCAAAUGUGGUUCUGCCUAUUGAGUCAUGUGCUCCUGAUCCUUAUUCCCUUGCAGUUUCUGACAAGUUCAGGCAUGUGGAUUAUGAUGACAAUGAGGUGACCCAUUCUACUUAUAUGCCUCAGUUGAAUGAAUCAGAGGAAGAGGAUGGCUCUUCUGAGCUGGGCAUCUCCCAGUGGCAUAUGAAAGGUAAACGCAACAGUCGUAAUGCAGCAAAGAGAUUGGUGGAUACGGGAGAUGGAAAUGCCUGGUUAAAUAAAUCCAGUGGUUCAAUGAAAGGAUCUUUGCAUAAGACAAAUGGUGGAAAUCCUAGAAAAGAAAGUAUGCAAACCUCCGGUGACCAAUUUCUUGGGCACAGUUCUUACCAAAUUAAAGAGGAGCCCAAUUAUGAUUCUGAUGAAAGAGAUUUAUUUGAGGACACAUGCCAUUCAGAGGUUAACUUGUACCGUGGUAAAAGAUACCCUUCAUCCUUGAGAACCACAAGAGAUCUUAGACGAGGCUACAGUUAUUUUAAUGACUAUGAGAGUGACUCUUCAAAGAUUUCACCCUUAAACAAUGAUGCCAAUCGAACAUUUCGAGUUGAUCGGAAUGCAUGUUGGGACGGAUCUUUGUAUUACCAAAGAAAGUCCACUUCACGUUUUGGUGGCAUGGGACCAAUGUUGUUUGAUGUUGACCUGAAAGUCCAGGCCAGCUACCAGGGAGAGCAUGUUCCUCUUGUCUCCUUAAUGAGCAGACUGAAUGGCAAAGCAAUUGUUGGACACCCUAUCCAAAUUGAAAUACUUGAAGAUGAUUCCACUGAUCAUCUGGUUUUCUGCGGUGAUACUAGUCUGCAAGAGAGCACAGCAGCUCCACCUGCUUGGCCAACGGGCAGGAGGACUAUGAUGCAAAGAGUUCCCCGAUCGAAUCCUCCAGGAGCAUUGUUGGAUGGUGAUGAUGAUGGUGGUACUGUGUAUCCUGACUGGGAGAUGAAACCAGCCUUUAGGAAGUACUCGGCUUCUUCGAAUCACCAAAAGAAAAACUCCAAUGCUAGGAGGUCAUCGGCUAAGUCCCAGAAGAAGUCAUCCAAGAAAUCAAGCCUCUCAAGCCAGAAAGUUAAAGCCCUCUCUUUCAUUUCCACUGGAAAAAGACAUAAUGGAGAAGGUGGUCAAGCAAAGGCGCAUUGGCACAGUGGCAUAUUUGGUGGUUUAAUCAAAGCAGAGGGAGCAGUUCCACUAGUCACAUGUGUCCCUACGAAGGUUGUGUUCACUAGGAUAUUGGAAGCAGUUGGCAGGCUACCUCUAGCUCUUGCUCACCAUGUUAGAAUGGCUAGUCCUUCAGUGCGAGAUCCACCGUAGGCUUCAACUGUUAUAAUGCAAAUGGUUGGUAGUGUACAUUCCCCGUUAAUUGAAGAGACGGGCCAUUCAGUCAUUUGUUUACACCUGUGAAGAGUCAGAUUGAUAUGGUGGCUUCAUGACAACUUGGAACAGCUGAUCUCUUAUUAGCAGUGGUGAUAACAUGUAAAGAUCAAUAACGCUUGUGUAUUUCUAACUGGAGACUGAGAUCAAGCAAGGUCUAAUCAUGAAUGCUUCUCACACAGCAGUUGAGCACUUGAGCCAUGGGUUCCAUGAAGGGCAUUCUUUGGUGUAACUAGCAUCGGUAACCAUGUCUUUUGGUUUAGCUGCCUCCUGUAAAGUACUAACUCCAGCAUUUUAGGUGUCUAUUUAGCUAAAACAUUUGCUUCAUCAUAUAUAGUCCAUAGGUCAUAGGUUUU